CUUUCAUUCCCCUUUUCAAACACUUCAAACCCAAACCCUCCCUCACUCAAUUUUUUUUCUCUCUGAAAGUGAAAUUCUCUCUCGAUUCGUUUCAAUCACUCAGUUCCGAUUCCGAUUCCGAUUAAUCGUUAAUUUUCAUCCGAUUCUAGAACGAUGUCGUAUCGUCCUAAUGCAAACGCGAGAACCGAGGUUCGUCGGAAUCGAUACAAAGUGGCGGUUGAUGCCGAAGAAGGUCGUAGACGGCGAGAGGAUAAUUUGGUUGAGAUCCGGAAGAAUCGUAGGGAAGAAAGCUUGCAGAAGAAGAGGCGUGAGGGACUUCAAGCUCAACAGUUGCCUGAAUCAGCUAAUUCUACUCAAGUAGAGAAAAAGUUGGAACACUUACCAGCCUUGGUUACUGGUAUUUGGACGGAUGAUAAUAACAUGCAGUUCGAGGCAACAACUCAGUUUCGGAAGUUGCUUUCAAUUGAACGUAGCCCUCCAAUUGAGGAGGUUAUACAAGCUGGUGUAGUUCCACGCUUUAUUGAGUUCUUGAUGAGGGAAGAUUUUCCACAGCUUCAGUUUGAGGCUGCUUGGGCUUUAACAAAUAUAGCUUCUGGAACAUCUGACAACACUAAGGUAGUGAUUGAUUCUGGUGCUGUUCCAAUUUUUGUAAAGCUCCUUGCUUCUCCUAGUGACGAUGUCCGUGAACAGGCCGUGUGGGCAUUAGGAAAUGUUGCUGGAGACUCUCCUAGAUGCCGUGAUCUUGUUCUUAGUCAUGGAGCUUUGCUUCCUCUGUUGGCUCAACUGAAUGAGCACGCCAAACUUUCUAUGCUCAGAAACGCUACUUGGACGCUCUCAAACUUCUGCAGGGGAAAGCCACAACCUGCUUUUGAUCAGGUUAAACCCGCGCUUCCUGCACUUGCCCAACUCAUCCAUUCAAAUGACGAAGAAGUCUUGACCGAUGCCUGUUGGGCACUUUCAUAUCUUUCUGAUGGUGCAAAUGACAAAAUUCAAGGUGUAAUUGAUGCUGGUGUCUGUAGCCGGCUUGUUGAGCUUCUACUGCACCCAUCUCCUUCCGUGCUUAUUCCUGCUCUUCGUACAGUUGGAAAUAUUGUCACAGGAGAUGACUUGCAGACACAGGUCAUCAUCAACCAUCGAGUUCUUCCUUGUCUUAUGAGUCUCUUGACAAAUAAUUAUAAAAAGAGCAUCAAGAAGGAAGCAUGUUGGACAAUAUCGAACAUCACUGCUGGGAAUAAACAACAGAUUCAGGAUGUGAUUGAUGCUAAUAUAAUUGGUCCUUUGGUCCAAUUGCUUCAAAAUGCUGAGUUUGAUAUCAAGAAGGAAGCUGCUUGGGCCAUUUCAAACGCUACAUCGGGGGGAUCUCAUGAACAACUCAAGUACCUGGUAAGUCAGGGGUGUAUUAAGCCCUUGUGUGAUCUUCUCAUAUGUCCUGAUCCUAGGAUUGUGACAGUUUGUCUUGAAGGGCUUGAAAACAUCUUAAAGGUAGGCGAAGCUGAUAAAAAUAUUGGCAACACUGGUGAUGAGAAUCUGUAUGCCCAAAUGAUUGAUGAUGCUGAGGGUUUGGAGAAAAUUGAGAACCUCCAGAGUCAUGACAACACCGAGAUUUAUGAAAAGGCUGUGAAGAUUCUUGAGACAUACUGGUUGGAGGAAGACGAUGAGGUUAUGCCUCCAGGUGAUGGUUCUCAACCAGGGUUCAACUUUGGUGGCUCUGAAGUUCCUGCCGUGCCUUCAGGUGGAUUUAACUUCAACUAGAAGGAUUUUUGGCUGGUCCCCCAGUAAAGUCCUCCAGUAUGGCAGUUCAACAGUUUGGGGCGUCAAGUCUGUGUCGUUUCAUUGUCCUUAGUUUCCGUAAGGUUCAGCCUUGGUAAAUAGGCCGUCACUGGAUUGGCUUGGGUUUUUGAAAUUGCUGGUUUUACAUACAUCAGAGGGAAAGUUGGGUUGUGGCUUGAUUUUCUUGCCACUUCCGAGUUAAAUAUUAGAGUUUGAUUUUGGCCACAAAGUAAUCAUUUAAAGUGAUUUGGCUCUUCUACAGAAUUUUAUGUCAAGUUUUGUGUUAUUAUUUUUCCUGCAUAGAUUGGAGUCAGUAAGUACCACUUAUGAUUUUGGGUAUUUUGGCAAAUACCAAAUGAUACUAUUCUUUCUUCA